AUGUCUGCCUCACAAUUUUUGGAGGCUCGCAAUGCGGUGACAACAAAACUCUAUGCAGACCCGCACAACCCACACAUCCACCUCGAGCGAGGCCUCAUCUAUGAAAAGCUAGGCUUCCCCGAUCUGGCAGCUGCAGACGCCUACCGAGCACUAUCACUACUAGAAUCAGUGAUUGAUCCAGAUGGAUUUGAAUUCCACGCAAAGAAGAAGAUCGAUCCUUCGGCACCAGCCCCGGAGGAAACUGAUGAAUCUGAUGACGAAGACGAGGAUGAAGAUACAAUCCCUGUCACUGAAGAGGAGUACGAUGCCCUGAUUGACCAGGUAUACGUACUCCUAGUGCGAAGUCUCGUCCGCUGCGGUUGCUACCGCGAUGCGUUUGAAUUUGGCGUGCGCGGGCUGGGGCUGCUACGUGAAAAGAAGUCUGCUGCUGCGUCAGUUAUUACCCUAACCGAGCAGAUGGAUCGCAUCAAGCAGAUCUAUCAAUCGCGCACUGGCUCUGAUACUGAUCUGGAAUCUAUUGAUCCCAGUGUUCUCCCCGCGCAGGGUUUCGCUCACCGCGUGCUUUACCCUUGGAAUGUACAUGAGCCUGAUCGCCGCGCACCGGAGACACUCAACCUGCUCAAUGAUAGGCUGGCGGUUAUUGCGCCCAAGUGUGAGGUCCGUGCUGUGGCUUUGCCUGUUCUGCAUGAUACGAAGGAUGACUCAAGCAUGGAAGUCUCCGUGCAGCUCGGUCUCUUUGCCAAAGAAGAUAUCGCUCCUGAUGAGAUCAUUCUCCGUGAAUCAUCUCUCCUCACUGCUACCAACCGUCUCCACGAUGACCUCUGCGAUGCUUGCAAUGCACCUCUGCCUGAACUAUCAGCUGCUGAACCCCCGGUCGCCUGUGAAGGCGGAUGUGCAGACACAAUAUUCUGUAGCCAAGCCUGCCAUGAUAGAGCACAGAACGUCUACCACGGUGCAAUCUGCGGUCUGGAAGACGGUCUCGAAUCUAUCGGUAAGGAUAUUCCUGAUCCAAAGGAUAAGGCGGAUUACCUGUACCUCCUGCUCCUUGGUCGAGCCCUCGCCAUGUCUGCUACACAGGACAAGCAUGCCCUCGAAAUGCCCGAAGUGAAAUACAUCUGGGGUGAUUUCCACGACUUCGAUAUCAACACUAUUGCAGCAGAAAAGGAAUCAACACCUAAAUCCGAUGGUACUGCUACCCUCCCCUUCUCCUUCCAACUCAAUAUCCUGCAGCCAACUCGCUUCCUGGAGGAAAUGGAAAUCGACCCCUAUGCCAACCUUCACCGUUACGAUACCUGGAUUCUCAAUACGCUGUAUGCUAAGUUCCGCGGAACCGCGUCCGGCCGGUUAUCUACUUGGGAUGGUGGCCCUGAGCUUUGUGCUGUGCAUCCAUUGUGGUGUCUUGCGAACCACUCGUGUGAUCCUAAUGUGUGCUGGGAAUGGGGUGGUGAGAUUACCUUCCGUGCGCGACGAGAUGAUGAGACAGCUGUUUGGUCGCGUGGAAGCGAGAUUAAGGAGCUUAAGCCGGGGGGUAUUGCUAAGGAUAGUGAGAUUUGGAAUCAUUAUUGUGAUAUUGGGUUGCCGGUGCAGAAGAGGAGGGAAUGGGCUUCUGGUGCCUUGGGUGGUACUUGUCUUUAUCACUAA